AUGCGAGAUGCUGUGGACUUCGCGAAGCUAACUGUAGCUGGGCUCAAAGCCGUUGCGCUUGCUUGUGGCAGCCCUACUACUGGAAAUAAAGCCCAAGUGUCCAACUACAUGAUCCAGAAACUGCAGCAAAGACCAAAGGGCGCUGUCCGACUCGUAUCGAUCGACUUGGGGCUCAAAAACAUUGGCGUCUGUCAGGCCCUCGCGACUCCUGGUCAACAAGUUGAGGUGGAAAAGUGGUCAUUGAAGUCUCUCCCAGAGCAUAUAAAUUAUUCUCAACCAAAUUUCGCACACGAAGCGCGCCGGCUGCUGCAUGGGGUAAUGAUGGACAGCCCCAAUGUGGUGCUUGUGGAAAAGCAGCGGUCGCGAUCGGCCGGCAGUGCGUCGGUCCCUAACGAUAUCUUGCGGGUCAAUGUACUUGAAGGGAUGGUUCAUGCCAUCUUAUGUACUCAAUGGCCUACUAUUUAUGUCGAAAGUGUCGAGCCAAAGCAUGUGCUAGGGUACUGGCGGAGCCAACUCGAGAGGGAGCUGGGAGGUACGGCCCUGGCCGUUGAGCGAUUGAAAAAAGCCACACCUGCACAGGUGUACAAUGCAUCUAAAAAGGCACGUCUGGCGCUUGUGCGGAAAUGGAUUGACAAGCCUCAAAAAGCACCAUUUGUGUUUUCGCCGGAACUUGAACUACCAACCAAACGCACGAAACAGGACGAUCUCAAUGAUGCUCUGGUCCAGGCAGUUACCUGGCAAAUCUGGCGAGACAAUUCGAAGAUCGCAUUGAAUACAGAUCAAAAUCUUCGUGAAUUAGCUAAAUCAUGGUCAGUCGAUGCAGAGCUGCUCACAGGGUGA